GCGGAACGUUAUUUAUCUUCUGUGUUUCCAGCCGGACGUUGACACCGGAUCAUCCAUCAGAAAUCAAUCACAAGUGAUCUGCAAAAGUUUCUUCUGCUCAUGGCUCCAGUCUGGACUGAUGUUCGAGCUGUUUUGCCCUCGACAGUGUGUGAAUUCCCCCUUCACUUCAGCGAGAAGAUUGAAUUGAGUGUGUUGAAGGUUGUCGAGCUGGCUAGAGAUCAGCUGUACAGUGAAGCAGAUUGUCCAGCUUCUGCUCAAAGAGCUCAGGUCAUCAUCGAUUACUCCUGGGAGAAGCUCAACACUGGGACGUGGAGAGAUGUGGACAAGGAGUGGAGGAGAGUUUACUCUUAUGGCUGCUUAUUCAAAGUCUUAAGUUUAUGUCAUGGAAAUCCAUCUCAAUGCAAUAUCCAAGAGGCCAUUAAAACAUGUGACAUGGGUCUGUUAAUGGGAGCAGGCAUCAUGGACAACAUUCUGCAAAGGCUUGUUGGUGUCUUAAGAAAUCAAGUGAAAAUGAAGAGUCCAAACAAAGCAGAGAGGAGUGAAGAACCCUGUUCAAAGAAAAUGAAAGUGGACUGUGUGUCCGAGCCUGUGACAAACCCUGCACAAGCAGUGCCUAGGAUUCAUUGUCCAUCCCUGGAGCGCUUCAGAUCAGAUUUCCUGGAUCCUCAGAAGCCUGUGAUUAUAGAAGGAAUAACGGACCACUGGCCGGCUUUCACAGAGCAUCCAUGGAGCAUAGACUACUUGCAAACUAUCGCUGGCUGCCGGACAGUACCUAUUGAAGUGGGAUCCAAGUACACUGAUGAAGAGUGGUCACAAAAACUCAUCACAGUGAAAGACUUCAUAGACCGCUACAUUAUAGGAACAGCAGAGGAUGGAGUUGGAUAUCUGGCUCAGCAUCAGCUGUUUGAUCAGGUUCCAGAGCUGAAAGAAGAUAUUCGCAUCCCAGACUAUUGUUGUCUUGGAGAGGGAGAUGAGGAUGACAUUACAAUUAAUGCCUGGUUUGGGCCUGGAGGGACUGUCUCUCCUCUCCAUCAGGAUCCUCAACAGAAUUUUUUGGCACAGGUGGUUGGAAGGAAAUACAUCAGACUCUACAGCCCAGAUGAAACAAAAUAUCUCUAUCCACAUCAGUCGCAGCUACUGCACAACACCAGUCAGGUGGAGGUGGAGAAUCCAGACCUGGUGACGUUCCCAGACUUCUCUAAAGCCUCAUAUCAGGAGUGUGUUCUCCGGCCUAGAGAUGUCCUCUUCAUACCUCAACAGCACUGGCAUUAUGUGCGCUCUCUAGAGCUCAGCUUUUCUGUCAGUUUUUGGUGGUCCUGAUUUG